AUGAAGGAUUUCAAUGUCAUGGAGAUAGAGACAGCAGAAGAGAAUGGAACGAGGUUUCGUAGAAGCAGCACAGCAUUGGAAAAGGAGUGGAGAAGGUGGGCUGCAACAGAAAAGGCACAAAUUAGUCACGUCGAUAUGAUGAAACAGGCUAAUAUGGAAAAUGAGUUAUUUUUGAAAGUAUGUGGCUUGAUUAACAUGAAUGUGUUGAAGGAAACAAAAUAUUGUGAUAUGAAAUUACCUGGAAACACAUUCAAUUCCAAGAAGUUCAUUCAACAGGAAGUAUUGAAGAUUCAACAAAACAGUAUUGAAAAGAUGAGGCAGAUGAUUGAAAAAGAGGCAGAAGUAGAAUGCAACAUAAAGCGCCUUGCUGAUGGUGGAAUGAUAAGAGUGCGAGAUAAUGAGCUACGGAUAUUUCUGGAUGACAAGAUCUUUGUGACGUACGAGACACUGUUGAAGAAAGAAGAAGAAAUGCCACUUCUUGACUUAAAAACACUGGAAAUAAAAAUAACACACUGCGGGAUUGAACUCAGUGCACAACUCGAUCUGGUAAAAAGACAGGGCAAUUUGUUGGAUAAACUGAAAGUAUUGAAUAGGUACGAAACAAUCAAGAAGCAUUCCAAUUGCAACAAUCAGGUGAUCACUAUCACAAAUAAUGCAAAUCGAGUCAGAAGAGUAGAAGACAAGUAUGGUGAGUUUGUUUUACAGAAGUUGUAUGAGUAUGAUUACGAUAACGUAUAUGAACUGAAUAGUAGAAAUAGUCAUUGGAUCAAUCUCUGUUGUAGUACAUAUUCAGUAGAACAGUUUCUACAACAUGAAAUUGAUUGGAACAACAUUCUUUACAAAGAUCAAGAGCCAUUUGAUGAUGGAUUUCCACCUGAAUAUUUUAUUGAGUGUGAGAGUGGGAUACUUCAGGUAUCAAGGGAAUACAGCAGAUUUAGUAUACGAUUUAAUGGUAAAGAUAUUUAA